AUGAAAGCUUUUGGAUUGCAAUUAACAAGAGAAGAGGGUUGGUGCAAUUCCUACAUUGGACGACACAGUUAUUUCAAAAAUAAAGGCCAACCAUUGAGUUUACAGGGCCGUUGUUUUACAUACUCGUCUACAAUACACGAAAUACUGCACGCUUUGGGAGUAUUUCACGAACACGUACGGCCGGAUCGAGACAAGUAUUUAAAGAUACUUUGGGAGAAUAUUCGUCCUGAGUGUAUGCUUUUAGCUAGUGUGCAUAAUUUCAAGAAACGGCCAAAACAGUUAGCAAGAACGACAACAAUGUAUGAAUACGAUUCACUCAUGCACUACGGUCCAUAUAUGGCUUCUAAAGGAUUUCACAAAAUGACGAUGGUUCCUAUAAAAGACGUAAAAAGGAAUUUAAGACUAAUGUCCAGAAAAAACAAACAUUUCACAGCUUCCGAUAGUAUUAAAGUCAACACGUUGUAUCAAUGCAACCUGGUGUAG